UGAAGCAGAAUCAGCAUUUCCCAGAGUACGCAUGUUUUGAUCAUAAACACUCAACAAAUUGAGCCUAGAAAGAACGUACCUCCACAGACUAAGAGCCACCUGUGACCAGCCCACAGCUACCAUCAUGCACAAUGCUGAAAGGAUACCAGCUCUCCCUCCAAGAUCAGGAACAAGACGAGGGUGCCCCCUCUUCCCAGUCCCAUGACACAGGGAGAGGCCAUCUGGUCAGAGGAAACACGAAAUUGGCCACUGACCACAUCCAAGUCUCAGGAGUGAACUGGCAUCGCUUUGCCGUCCUCGGUGGAAUCGCUCAACUGAGUCCCCACUCAAGAGGAGGGGUUAUACCAGGAGGUCUAGACCAGGAAGUCCUGAUCCCGGGUGGCCAGUGAGGGGAGAAGGAGAAGACCCCAGAACUUCAAUGCCUUGCCCAGAAUCCCAGAUGACGAAGAAGGUGGAGCCAGGGAGGAAGCCAGCUCUGCGUCCUCAAGGCUGGGGCUCUGGCUGCACACAGGCAUUCCCCGGGGGCUCUGGAGAAGGCUGUGUUGGUGGAAGUGCAUACAGAUCUGGAGAUGGUGUGGGGGUGAGGGGGAGCAUUCGGCAGUGUAGAUGGGCAUUUGCUCAGUUCUUGUUUGAGGAGGAGCCCGGGUCAGGGGCACCCUUGACUGUAGCUCUGCCCACCUCACACCCACGGUGGAGGGAGUGGUGGCCACCUCUCUGCUGAGCUCAUGCCUAUGCAGUCCUGAAUUGAAUGUCUCACUGGGAAAUUGGGAAACUGAGGCCCCUAGAGGGGUAGGGAACGGCCCAUGACAGGGUGAGUCCAGUGGGUAAGUGUGUGUUCUGACCUUCUAGCGCAAGACUGGAACCCCACCCGGAGGGUUGGCUUCUGAAACUAGGAACCAUGAGAUCUUGAGAAGCUCUUGCCAAUCCCUCCCUAUUGUGGGAGCUGUUUUCUUCUUGGCCUCCACAACCUGAGCACACAAACACACAAACACACACACACACACACACACACACACGCACACACACCUUGACCUUGGAUGCAAAAAUGGCCUCUAAGGUGGGAUCCUAAGAGAAGUAGACACAGGGCAAGUUGCAAGAGGAAGAAACACGAAGUGGGAGGCAUUGCCUGCCAGUGACACACGCCUCCAGUUUGAGAGGUGUUGUCCUCUAAGGUAGGACACAUGCCAGAGGACAUCUCUAGCAAGUCCACGCUCCAGUCCUCCCCAGUGUGCAGACAGGAGGCCGACAGGCCCUGAGAGACACAAGGGCUUAUGCAGGAUGCAGAACAGGGCUCUGGUUCCCGGAAACCCCGGAGGGAGAACCUUUGGAGACGUUGUGGACGCUGGCUCAGCUCCCAUGCCCCCCACCGCUGGACCUUUGGCAGGAGGUCCUCUCAGAGCGUCACUCAGGAGACGGGCCAGCAGCUGAGCAACGGCGCCCUCGACUCCAUCACCCUGCAGGAAAGGAAGGUGCCCCACACUGCCAACUGAGGCCAGGGCCGGCUCAGGAAUGGGCCGUCGGUCAGCCACCCCAGGGAUGAUGCUCUUCAUCCAGGGAGGGGCUGUCACUUCUCUGCCAGCACAAAGACCUAGGAGACCAAGAGCUUGAAUCCUUCUCCACCUCACAUCCUACUUGGAAUCCCGAGAAUUCUUCCCUGCCCUGGGCAAUGAUUCCCACUUCUGGCCACAAGUCACCGAGGGCUUGGGCAUUCGGUCUGACCUCCAGGCCCCGACACUCCUGGGGCCCAGGAGUGGUGCGGCCUCUGAUGGCAAGUGCCCCCUCUGUCCGACCCCAGGCUGAAAAUCCAUCCCGAGCGAAGAGCAAAGCGUCCCGCCUGGUGUGGACCGUGCAGGCUGCAACGCGGCAGAAUCGAGUGGAGCACCUGGUGCCCGCCUUCCUGGAUGGCGACACCGCCAAUGUCCGCAGCUUCCUGUGCACAUACAGAGGUUUUGCCACCACACAACAGGUGCUGGAGCUUCUGUUUCAAAGAUACGGUUGCGUCCUUCCUCACUGCGAUGAGGACGGCGGACCCCUGGACCAACUGAAAAAGGCCAUCUCCUUCAUUCUGGGCACCUGGCUCCAACGGUACCCUGAGGAUUUUAUCCAGCCCCCAGAUGUUCCCAGCCUGGAAAUGCUCUUGGCCUACGUUGGCCUUAAUAUGCCCGGCUCGGAGCUGGAGCACCGUGCCCGCGUUCUUCUUUCCCAGCUGGAGCACCCUGAGCACACUGAUGCCGAGACUGAGGCUGAGGAGGACUCAGCUGCAGCUCCACCGAAAGAUCCAGAAGACCCUGCACAUCGAGCACCAUCUCUCCCUCUCGUGCCCACCCCAGCUCAGAGCCGCACAGGCAUCUUCCGAGCCACAGCCGGCUCAAGACCUUCAGCAAGCACUUGCAGCAUCCCAGCCACUACCCUCAGCUCCUGAGCUGCAGCCCCGGAGAAUCCUUGCCUUCCCCUAUCCAUUGCGUGGUUCUUAAAGUUUUGUGUUUGGCUUUUCUUUACUUGACCUUUCCCUGUAUUUUAUCUCGUCAGUUCAAUAAAGUUUAAUUCUUGGAUGUUUUUAAAUUGUUCGCUGAAGUGGCAUGAAGUACACUCACAAGAUCACACCAACGUCAUCCUCAUCUAGUUCCCGCCCAUUUUUAUCCAAGAGAAACCCUGUCCCUGGGAAGCAGUCAGUCUCCCUUCUUCCCACCGCAAGUCCCUGGUAGCCACUGCGUUUCCUUCUCUCGGACUCCGCGCGUUUCCCUCCUCCGGAGUUUGCCUGGAAGUGCCAGCCUUCCAGAGGUGGCCUUCUGUGCCUGGCUGGGUCUGGUGUGAGGUGGGUGACUCCAGAUGUUUUAAUUUGAAAUAACAGUUUUCAUUAAGAAGAAAAAUCCCCCGGAGAUCAAAGAUUCUGUCUCAAAGAGGAUGCCCCGCUAUUCCCUCUUUUCACUUUCUGGGGAUGGGGACCCACUGGAGGUGUGACACCGGAGCUGGAAACAACGAGGGAAAUUUCGGGGCCCGGGAGACCCCUUUCAAAUCUUUCCCUUUCCUGGAUGGGCCAUGGUAACGUUUUCAAAAUGUGCAAAUUGUAAAAAUAUUCUCACCGCAUAUGAAACGUUGGCGUUUAUAAGAAGCGUAUUGUGGACUAAAAUAUAUUACCAAAAGUUUUAACGUUUUAGAUAGACAAUUAAUGUUAAUUUGGUCAAAGAAUGAUUUAAAGAUGAGUAAUAAGAAACGAUGCCCUUUUUCUACCAAGAAACAAGUGGCCAUAACAAGGGGUGA